AUUUGAUUGGGGUUGAAUGGUUGAAUCCGUUGAAUCCUGUUGACUGUUAGAUAGUCGAAUAACCGGCAAUCGACAACUGUCGACAACGUUCACACAAAUAUGAACGAAGCUACUUUACCACCCUCGCCAAAUUGGUAUUUAAGUAAUAUUCUUGCUUGUUCUUUCGAUGGAACUGUUGCAUGGGGUAGUAGAAAUGUAAUUGUUAUCCUUAAAACUGAGAAAAACGAGAAGUCGUUACAAUAUUCCAUCAUUAAACAAGCACACAAAAAUAAGGUGGCUUGCCUUGCCUUUACUCCUCCGUUCGAAGAAGUAACCGAUAAUUUGAUAGCUUCGGUAGGAGACGAAAAUAUAAUUAAAAUAUGGAGUUUGAAAACGUUAUCUACAGUUUACAGCCAUUCCCUUGGAGCUUAUAAACAACCGAUAGGCGUAGAUUGGUCGUAUAAAGAACCUUUUGUUGUAUACUCUGCAAUUUCUGAUGGUUGUGUGAUAUCAUGGAAUGCUCACUUUAACAGUAUCUCUUCCAUUUCGUUAGGAAAAGUAGCGCCUACGUGUCUUUCCUCUUGUCCCCAUGAUCCACAUCUUGUGGCCGUAGGUACUAAGAACGGUUUAGUCUAUAUUUUGAGUUUUCAAGGACAAGGAACAAUAGUUUAUAAAUUAAGAGGACACGAUACUGAAAUAGUUAGUUUAUCAUGGUGCCCUUCGGAAUAUAAUGUUAUAAGCAAAAAUCAAAAAAGAGAAUUACUUUUAGCUUCGGGAGGGAAAGACAGAUCAAUUUUUAUUUGGAAAGCUGGUGGAGAUGGACGUUACGAAUUGACAAUUUCAUUGCCUACCACACCUCUCGAUUCUAAACAACAUAGAAGCAAAUUAAAUGCAUCGGUAGGUACUUGGAUCGCGCUUUGUUGGGUAGAGCCCAACCUAUUGCUUACAAGUGCCUAUUGGGGUGAAUUAUUAUCUUGGAAUUUAUCAACAAUGCCAAAGGGCAAACCUACUUCUAAGAUGAUACAUGCGCAUCAUAAUAGAGGUUUAUUUUGUAUUGCACACGUACCGACUAUCCAAACAAAUGCGGUAGAAAAUUGGAGAACGAAACAAAGACUUCAAAUUUGGACUUUGGCGCAAGAUCGUAAAGUUAUUUGUUGUAAUAUACAAGAAGACAACGUUGAAAUAGAAUAUAAUAUUUUUACACAAAAUGGAUACGUUUAUUGCAUGGCUUCCUGUCCGUUAGAUACUUCGCACAUUGCAUUUGGAGUUGGCGAUGCAAUGUUACGAUUAUGGAAAUUGUCAGAACCACAUGAUACUUCAUUUGAUAUAACUGUCUUAUGGCAAAAGAUAAUGGGAAAAAUUCGUACGAUAUCAUGGCAUCCUGAAAAGGAAAAUUUGUUAGCAUAUGCGACCGAAGAAGGUCGAGUCGGUGUGUUCAAUACAAAUGGAAACAAACCACCCACUUUGUAUAGACAAUAUCACAGAAAUAUAGUGUAUUCUAUUCAUUGGGGUCCUCAUCCAAACAAUAAGAUGCAGCAUGUUUUAUACUCUUGUGCAGAAGGAGAGCUUGUAUUCUACAAUCCAUCAAAACACAAUGAAGAACCAACACCUAUAUUUAGCAAGGAAGUUACAGAAUUCUCCUGGAAACCAGACUUUUCUUGUUUAGCAAUAGGAUUUGAGAAUGGAACAACUUCAUUUCUUAAUCGCAAGAUUGAUCUGUGCGGAUAUGGUAGAUUUUCAAUGGCAAUGGUGCAUUGCUUGGUAUGGCAUCCUGAAAGUACAGCAACAGAUUCAACGUAUUCUCCGUUUAAAAAUUAUUUAGCCGUUGCCUUUAAAUCGAAUACGAUAACUAUCUUGGAUCUAUCCAAUUUUGUGAAUCAGUUACCAAAAUAUGAAAAUUACACAGAAACUGAUAUGGAGAAAAAAGUGGAUGAUAUGUAUAAGGUGCACGAAGUUGUAGCCACCCUAGUUGGUCAUAGUCACAGUGUUGUUUGUUUAGCAUGGAGCCCGUAUAUUAGUGGCCAAUUGGUAUCGGGUAGUUAUGACCAUAUUACGCAGGUAUGGAAUGUUGAAUCACAAGAAUUAAUAGCUACUUAUACAGGACAUAGUGGCCCAGUACUAUGUUGUAUGUGGAGCCCACUAAAUCCUAAUUAUAUUAUAACAGGCUCUGCAGAUUUUACAGUACGGAUAUGGAAAAUCGCUUCUAAUAAUGCCAUUUCGAUACAAGAAGAAAUACAUAAAAAAUCAACAAAGAAAAAUAAAAAGGAGAAAAUCAAAACAAACAUGAUCACCGACAUUUUGACUGAAAAUAUGUCAGGAUGUUCGAUAUCAAAUGUUUCUCAAACAGUACAAAAUUUAAAAACAGUGUCAGAGACGAAAGUAGAAAAGAAAAAGGGUGACCGAAUGCCAUAUUUUACAAAAGGUCCUAAAACACAGAAUGAUAAAACACAUUUGCUUAAAUCUAUCAUGAAUAUUGUAAGAAACGAACAAAAUGAAAAUGUAGAUAUCGAAGAAAAUCAGAAAGACAUUUUCCAUUAUAUAACACCGUUAUUCUCGGAAAAAGAUUUUAUGUCAUUUUUUACCAACGAGAAAUGCAAUCAUGCAGAGAAAAAUAGGCAUAACGUAGCAACAGAAAUGGACAUAUGGUGUGACAAUCUUAAACAAAAUUUAGAAGAAGCCGCCAAAGAGAAACGCCUGAAUGACUUUCUUAUUUCGCUUUCAGCUAGUCUUUCUAUGAAAACGUGGAAAGAUAUGUGCGAGCUGUACGCGUAUCAAUUAAUAAACGAAGGCAAUCCUCAUAAAGCAGUAUCGUAUUUACUUUGUACACACAAAACUUACAAAGCUAUAGAAGUGCUCCAAGAUGCGAAUUUGCACAAAGAAGCUUAUGUUCUCGCGAGAUGUAAACUUGAAUCGGAUGAUCCGGUCCUAACGGACGUGUUAAAAAAUUGGGCGACCUACGAUGUACGCGUAGGUCACUUCGAGGAAGCAGCAUACAUUUAUGCUCAAUUACGAGACUUUUCUAAUACAGUGAAAUAUCUUGCACGUAUCAGAGAUUCGAAUAGUUCACUAACUGCAGCCGAGAUUGCACGUUUAUCUGGCGACGAAAUUCUUAGUAAGUCUUUAGCCGAGGAAGUAAUAAAUGCAGCUAUGAAAAAUUCAGAACAUAAUUUAGUUCGAAGUAUAAUCACAAAAUUUCCAUACCUUAAAUACCGAGAAGUACAUUUAUUAACCCAUCAAGAACUUGAAAAAAUUAUUAAAAAAGACGUAAAGCUCGACACGAUUCGAAUGUGGUUGAACGGAGAAUUAAAGUAUGGAUUAUUCAAAGAAUUGAAAACAAUAUGUGGAGAUAGUAGUUCUUAUUACAAUGAGUUACAUCAAAGUAAUUUUUGUAAUACCUUGGAAAAUGAACAGAUGUUAUGGUUGACAGUCAGCUAUGAAAUUGCAAUGGCAAUAAGUUCUACUGAAAAACAACAGCAGUUGAAACAUAUCGUUACUGCAUUAGGUGCCAUUACACAGUUUGAAAAAUUGGAUCGAAAAAAUGUUGAAGAUCGGUGUAACUUCUUGAUUGAAAUUAUUAUUAAAUUAGAUGCUAAAAGCCCACUGGAUGAAGAAAGCAUUUAUACAAAAAUUGAUUGUCCUGUGUCAGUUAGCUUACGAGCUUAUUUAUGUUAUGCUGUUUUAAAUUGGCUCGCAGAUAAUGUACACGAAGAAAAUACGAAUAACAUCAACGUACAGAUUUGCAUUGUUUUAAUAGAACAUUUGAUCGAGGAUGUUUUAAAUAAACGUGCCGUAAAAUAUUGGUCGAUCACAAACAACAUUAACAAACUGGAAAAACAAGUAGUUUCCGAUCUGUGUAAAAUUCAAGAAAAUAAAGAUGAACAACAAGAUAUGGAAUCUCUUGUACAAGAAUUGAAUAUAUUGAAAACUGAAAAGAAACAACUUCUUGAUGAACUAGUUUGCGUUCCUAAUCCUAUUAUGGUUUAUAGCAAGGCGAAUGAAUUAGCUAGCAAGCUGUCGGAUGAAACUAUUCAAACUAAGUUUGAAGACAUUGUUUCCAAAGCAUGGAUAAACGCUACCUCGUAA